AUGGAGGAGCCUUUUGCCGAGUGCGAUCUGAUGAGCGAUAACAUCUUUUUUUGGAAGGCAGACGAAAGAGGCAGAAACAGAAAAGCCACCACGCCCCAUGGAACACAUCAAUUCUGUUCUGAGGGAGUUGCCAGCUUGACAACGUCAGCGUUUUGUUCCUUACGACUAGCCUAUAAGCUUCCCCAAACCACUGUUAAUGAGCAGUCGCGGCUGUUACGGAGGCCAACGGCCGAUCGCUCACGGAGUCGGCAGGGCCCGCGACAUCACGAGUUCCAGGGCAAGGGUCCAGCUCUUUGCAACACCGCCUUUCGCAGUGGCGAGUCGAGGCGAGAGACGGACUCAUUCUCAGUGAUGCUCAAAGUCCUCUGGGUAUUUGAACAUCCUGGCUACGCGAUUGCGCAUGCUCGAUUGGCGUUGAAUGUGUCUGAUUCACCCUUCUCCACCACCCCUGUUAAGAGUCCUUGA